AUGGAGUUGGAAGAAUUGAAGAAGCAGUUGGAGGAACUUCGGGCUUUGGGCUUUAUUCGCCCAAGUAGUUCUCCUUGGGGAGCACCGGUCCUAUUCGUUAAGAAAAAGGACGGGUCGUUGAGACUUUGUGUGGAUUACAGAGAGCUAAAUAAAGUGACCAUCAAGAAUAAGUAUCCAUUACCAAGAAUUGAUGAUUUAUUCGAUCAGCUUAGGGAGGCGCAGUUCUUCUCGAAGAUCGACCUACGUUCUAGAUACCAUCAAUUGAAGGCCUAUGAGAAGAAUUACCCCACGCAUGACAUAGAGUUGGCCGCGGUAGUGUUUGCAGUAAAGAUAUGGCGGCAUUAUCUAUAUGGGGUCAGAUUUCAGCUGUUCACGGACCACAAGAGCCUUAAAUAUUUAUUCUCUCAGAAGGAGCUUAAUCUGCGGCAGAGAAGCUUAUCCAUUCAACCAUCUCUUGUAUCUCGAGUCAUUGAGGCACAACAGGUUGACCCAACGAUCAUCAAUCACCGUAAGGAAAUGACUGAUGAAGGUUCAUCCGAAUGGCAGGUUGGUGUAGAUGGUAGGCUUCGCUAUAAAGGGCGACUGCAUGUGCCGGAAGAUGCAGAGCUGAGGCAAGAAAUAUUGACCGACGCACACUGGUCCAAAUUCACGUUCUACCCAGGCAGUACAAAGAUGUACCACGAUGUUAAGAGACAAUAUUGGUGGCUAGGGAUGAAGCGUCACAUUGCUAAAUUUAUCGCACAAUGCAACACAUGUAAAAGCGUCAAAGCAGAGCAUCAAUGA